GUCCCUGAUCCCUUCCCCUGGCUUUCCCGUUGCUCCUCCUUCUCUCGCUGUUGCUCUUUCUCUCUGGUUCUCUUGCUAUUUAGUCUCUCUGCCUGCCAGCCCCGCCUAUCCUGGCUCCUGCCUCGCUAUUGGCCAUUCAGCGCUAUUAGAUCAUCAGACGUUUUUAGACAGGCAAAGAAUCACAGCUUCCCAGAGUUAAACAAAUUGCUCUCUGAGGACAGCCCCUGGCCCACAGAGCUGUUCUGAGAUGCACUGUUGAGCGAGUGUGUUAGAGGGUACCAAUGAAGGAGUCCCAGACCCCUGCCGUGGGCUUCUGUAAUUGGCUUUUCUUUCUCUCUGCAGUUGCCCGUGGGCUCAGCCUCGUCCAAGACACCUAGGCACUGCCACCAUCCUGGCCAGGAUGGGCCUGCUGUUCCUUGUCUUGCUGCUGUCACUUUCCUGUGUCUUGGGACUGCCAUUCUACAAUGGCUUCUACUAUUCCCAUGGCCCGCAUGGCAGGACCCUGAGCGAUGGCUACGGGGAAGGCCUAUUCAAUGGAGUGAAGCUGGUGGUGGAGACGACUGAGGAGCCCCUGUUCAGUCACCGAGGGGCCACCGUGACCCUGCCCUGUCACUACCACUAUGAGCCAGCCCUGGCGUCCCCGAGACACGUGCGUGUGAAGUGGUGGAGGCUGUCAGAGAACGGGUCUCCCGAGCAGGAUGUGCUGGUGGCCAUCGGGCCGAGGCACCGCUCCUUCGGGGACUACCAAGGGCGAGUCCAGCUGCAGCAGGACACACAGCGGGAGGUCUCGCUGGAGCUCAGGGACCUGCGGUUGGAGGACUCUGGGCGCUACCGCUGCGAGGUCAUUGAUGGGCUGGAGGACGAGAGUGGCCUGGUAGAGCUGGAGCUUCGGGGCGUGGUUUUUCCCUACCAGUCCCGCGAAGGGCGCUACCAGCUCAACUUCCACGCGGCCCAACAGGCCUGCCGGGAGCAGGACGCUGUGGUGGCUUCCUUUGAGCAGCUCUUCCGUGCCUGGGAGGAGGGUCUGGACUGGUGCAACGCCGGCUGGCUGCAGGACGCCUCUGUUCAGUACCCUAUAGCGCUGCCCCGGCAGCCUUGCGGAGGCCUCGGCCUGGCGCCGGGUGUUCGCAGCUAUGGCCAGCGCCACCGCCGCCUGCACCGCUAUGAUGUGUUCUGCUUCGCUGCUGCCCUCAAGGGGUGGGUGUACUACCUGGAACACCCCGAGAAGCUGACACUGCUGGAGGCCAGGGAGGCCUGCCGGGAAGACGGUGCGCAGAUCGCUACGGUGGGCCAGCUCUUUGCUGCUUGGAAGUUCCAUGGUCUGGAUCGCUGUGAUGCUGGCUGGCUGGCAGAUGGAAGUGCCCGCUACCCCAUAGUUCACCCACGUCCCAACUGUGGGCCCCCCGAGCCAGGAGUACGGACAUUCGGCUUCCCAGACCCACAGGCCCGCUAUGGUGUCUACUGUUACCGCCAGCGCCAGCGUUAGCAGAGUGGCCAGCUGUGCAUUCGUCCCGCCCCCAUCCCCCGACUUCCUGACACAAGGGUCCACCUUGCCUUUUGCGGGUUGGGGCACUGUUUAUAUUAUUUUUAUACUUUCCAGUUUAAACAUUUUGUUUUGUUUUGUUUCUUGAGACUGGGUUUCU